AUGAUCAAAGGACAACUUCAUGUACGAGUUCUUGAAGGAAGAAACGUUAAAGAUACCGAUGCUGUUGGCCGAGGUGAUCCAUUCGUUGAAUUCUGGAUCGACGGACACGAAAAACAUAAAACCGAUUCACGUUGCAAUACCAACACGCCGGUUUGGCUAUACGAGACCACUUUGUAA